ACCGACGGAAGCUUCGCCUCUAACGGCGAUAGCGCAACUAAAGUUUGAUUCUUGCCCGCCAGAAAUCUUAUCGCAGACCAAGCGCUCAAUCUAUUCACACUGCGUCCAGAGAACGCUCGUUUUUGCUCGUUGCUUUGUUGAGUAUUUUGGAUUCUACUGGUUCACGUUUUUUGGUCCACCAACACUUGUUCCUCGCAUAUUCUAAGCGUUUAUGUUGAGCAAACUGUUCCUAAAACUCGCGAAUGGACGGAACAACCCAUAUUGACCUCUAUGAGGUCCUCAGCGUUGAGCGCACUGCUUCCAAGGACGAAAUCCGAAAGGCUUAUCGCAAGGCAGCGCUGGCAAGCCACCCAGACAAGGUCCCAGAAGACGAGCGAGAAACAGCUGAAAUCAAAUUCAAAGCUGUGCAGCAAGCAUACGACAUUUUGUACGAUGAGGAGAAGCGCGAUCUGUACGACUCACAUGGCAUGGCUGCCUUUGAUGGCUCGGGCAACCCAGGAAUGGGGGCUGGGCCUGAUUUAGAUGACAUUUUGUCUCAAAUGUUUGGUGGCAUGGGGGGAAUGGGGGGUAUGGGGGGUAUGGGUGGCAUGCCGGGAUUUGAUGGUCCUGGAGGACGUCCCAACAAGCCCAGGAAAAGUCCAAAUGAAGAGACAAAAUAUGAAGUCGGCCUUGAAGAUCUUUAUAAGGGAAAAACUGUCAAAUUUGCCAGUACCAAAAACGUGAUCUGCGGGCUGUGCAAGGGCAAAGGAGGGAAAGACAAGGCAGUUGCAAAAGAAUGUUCUUCAUGUGAAGGCAAAGGAUUCAAGAAUGUUCUGACUCGUCUUGGGCCGAUGUUGACUCAAUCUACCGCACCGUGCACUGUAUGUGACGGACAGGGUAGCUUUUUCAGUCCAAAGGACAAGUGCAAGAAGUGCAAAGGAAAGAAGGUCACCGAGGAAAAGAAGAUGCUUGAGAUAUACAUUCCUCGAGGAGCCAAGGAAGGAGACCAAGUUACAUUGGAGGGCGAGGCCGACCAAGUACCUGACCAGGAGCCGGGCGAUAUAGUCUUCCAUCUAGUUGAGGUUGAACACCCUGUCUUUCGUCGAGCGGGGCCCGACCUCACCGCAGAUCUUGAAAUUACCCUUGCUGAAGCCUUAGCCGGCUUCUCUCGCGUGGUUGUCAAGCAUUUGGACGGACGAGGUAUUGAACUCAAACAUCCCAAAAGGCCAGGCGACGUCCUUUCCCCCGGGCAAGUUUUGAAGAUCUCUGGGGAGGGAAUGCCCUUAAAGAAGAGCGAUGCUCGCGGAGAUCUUUACCUAGUAGUUGAUGUCAAAUUUCCUAGCGAGGGGUGGGCUCCUAGCCCAGCCGUCCUGGAGAAAUUGAAGGAAAUUCUCCCCAAGCCCGACCCUCCAAUUGAAGCCGACACUGUUGACGAGGUGGACUACGACCCUAAUGCUGAUAUCGAAGACUUUGGUCAAGGUGAUCCCCGUGGUGGGUCUGGAUGGGUUGAUGAAGACGAAGGGGGCGAGACUGCGCAAUAAUCCUCGUUCAUUAUGAUGAAGGAAAGACCAGUUCUCGCCACUCACAAACCUGCUAUAUCAUAUUCAUUUGGAGUUUUGGUUAUUCUAAAAACGGCUUUACUUGAUGAUUACCGACUACACUUACGAGGGCAUGCCUAGUUCUUCUCUUUUCCGGUUUCACAAGGGAUGAUGUUACGGUUCUUUCAAGAAAAAAAGGAAAGAAGAUUACCGUCCUUCUUUGAUACGACGCUUAUGAUGGCAUUGAUUUUAUAUAGCAUGUAUAGAUCAAGAUUUGAUCAUUGAAUGCUGUUCUCUCUCU